AUGUCAUCUGCUCUAUCUCUUCUCGGCCAUGGGCGACGGACAGGCUGGGUGUUUCGGCGCGCUCUUAGGCAAAAUCCGUCUCCCAAAGUCAAGACCCACUGCAGUGCAACGCACACAGCCCGAGGAAAAGCACUUCCAGCCCGAAGCGAACCAGGCAUGUGUGUGAUUCUGGCAGACCUUCUGUUACUGAGCAGUAGGCUGCAGUAUCGCUGCCUCACGAUCUGCGAACAUGGAUAUGCUGAUCCGGCAGAAUGGUGGCUCGAGAGUGACCAACUUCCUGCCUAUUCUUCCCAAGUCGACUUGCAGGGCGACGCGCACGCCACAGUUGACCAAAGCAUCGACGAGAUAUCACCCCAAUUGCAUACACUCAGUCUUAAGAUUCACGGUACGCAAGCCCGGUCGUAUUCGGUGAUGUCGGCACACAUCGUCCCAAUGCAGGUCACCCUGAGGUCGCAUUCCAGGAAGAGUUGGUGCCAUUGGUUUCCGUGCGCACGCAUGUUGAUCAGCCCCAGAUUCGCGCAUGAACACUUGACUUCCUUUAUGGCCUCCCAGGGCUUCGCGGUGACCCGGAGCUAUCUCGGACUCAAAACCGCAUUCAGAGCCGAAUUCCAGCACGGCUCCGGAGGACGAGUGAUAGGUGUCAACAGUGAAUAUGACGCGCUAGCGGGCAUCGGACACGCAUGCGGCCAUAACCUGAUAGCCGUAAGCGGCUGCGCAGUCGCGAUUGCGCUCAAAAAGGCAUUGCAGGCUCAUAACAUACCGGGGAAGGUGAUCCUGCUCGGUACCCCAGCCGAGGAGGGUGGAGGGGGGAAGAUCAUCCUCUUAGAGAGAGGCGGGUACGAGGAAAUGGAUCUUUGCGUGAUGUGUCAUCCUAGCGGAGGUCCUAUCAAGUCGGCCAACCUGGGGUCAACGAUCGGGGUGCAAGUGAUCCAGGUCGAAUAUUUCGGGCAAAACGCGCAUGCUGGUGCAGCUCCUUGGGACGGCGUCAACGCACUAGAUGCUGCGUUUCUAGCCUACUCCAACAUUUCCGCACUCCGCCAGCAGAUGCGACCUGAUCAUCGUGUUCACGGUGUCAUUACAGGAAACGACAACUGGCUGCCCAAUGUGAUUCCUGAUUAUGCCAAAAUGAAUUGUCUCGCUCGAGCGCCCACCGACGUGGAUCUCGCAGCUUUCGUGGAGCGUGUCACCAAUUGCUUGAAAGCAGCAGCAAUGGCCACCGGCUGCGAAUUCAAGUUGACGCUGGCGGAGCCGUAUUUGGAUCUAAAACAGAACCCCAUUCUCGGACAGGAAUUCGCCGACGUCGUGGCGAAACGUUACGGGAUUGAGACUUCGACCACGCCAGGGACUGCUUCCACCGACUUUGGGAACGUAACAUAUGCGUUGCCUGGGCUUCAUCCAGGGUUUGCUAUUCCGACCCAACCUGGAGGCGGAAACCACACGAUCGCAUUCACAAAUGCGGCUGCCACGCAAGAAGCACACACAGCCGCGAUGUACAUCGCCAAGGGCCUUGCAUGCACGGCACUGCGUGCUCUUCGCGAUGACGAGUUUUUCAAACAAGUCAAAGCAUCGUUUUCCGCGUGACAUGAGCAUUAAGAUAGUCUAGUUCACACAAACAUCCCCAAGGAAAAUCCAUCGAAUAUCAUUCUGCCCAGUCUUGACCUUCUCGGCUUCUGCUGCAUGUUGCCGGAGCAUUUGCUCCCGUUUCGCAUGUGCAGUUUUGGCUGACGACUUCCCCUUUGGUGCAGCCGCUUCUGCAACCAUUCUGGGCCAGAUUUCAGAGAUGAGAGAUUCGGACGUGCCACGACGCACCUCUCAAGUUCCCGACGUUCUGCAUCGGUUUCGUCGGGAGCCGUGGACUUGAAGAUGGCACCGGUGAUGAGAAGACCCUGCAUACGGAACCCCGUCAGAAAGAAGGAGAAUCGUACACCCCCGAGGACAGACCAUGGCGCAAUUCAGCAGCAUCGGAUCCGCUACUCCUGGAUCUUUGAGUACAUUAUCGAUUACCUGCAUCAGGAAAUAAGACAACCGCGUAUCAGCGCUGAUGGCGAUCACGAGAUGACCAACGACGCUGAUGCGCACACCUCAGUUACCCCGCCAUCACACUGUUUUGCCCUCGCGGGGGACCUACUGGCCUCGGGCGCGGCUCUGAGUGCACCUUGUGACUUAUCAUGAGGAGCACACAGAUGAGCGGGAAAAAGAAUUGAAUCACAUGACGCACUAAAUGGGCGGGAUGGCAGGAUAAAAAAUCAUGUGAUGCACUGCAUAGAAAUUCACUCCAGUAGGGCUGCUCAAUUCUAGCAUUGUCCAUCCAGCCAUCAGUACUUAGCAAGCUCUAGCAAGGGUAAUCAAUCAAUACAAUUUGAAAUCCCCCCUGAUUGCGAUCACAGCACAAAUGCAUGGUGUUGAGAUUGAUGCAAUCAAGUAAUAAAAAACAUCAUUAUUAUUUAUAU